AUGGCAAUGGAGAAAUCAAUUUUUGAUUCUCUAAUUAGCAAAGAGGAAACAUUGUUAAAGAGUUUAUUAAUAUUAUCAAUCAAUGGAGUUUAUAUCUCCAUAGAUCAAUUAUUAAAUUACUUUAGUAGGGUAAACUCGAUCAUAGUCUCUUCCAAUCAAGAUUAUAUUAAUUCAAUAGAGUAUGAUUAUAAUGAAAGAGGGAAUUUAAGUUUUGGAUUAUUACCAUCAGAUUUAGAGGAAUUAGAAUUUCAAUAUGAAUUCAGUGCAACAUUAAAUGAAAACUCAAUACCAAAUACAGUAAAAACAAUUAUUUUUAGUGAAUCAUUUAAUCAAGCAUUAAAUAAAAAUAUAAUUCCUCAAUCAGUAACAAGUAUUAAAUUUGGUGAUGAAUUUGACCAACCAUUUGUAAAUAAUAAAAUAUCAACUAAUUGUAAAGAUGAUGAUGAUGAUGAAGGUACAUUUAAUAAAGAAAGUUUGGUACCUGAAGCAAUUAAACAUUUAGAGUUUGGUAAUGGAUUUUCACAAGAUAUUAAAAUUAUUGAUCAAUUAUAUUCAAAGAAUUCAUUAAAAUCAUUAAUAUUGGAGAAUGAUUAUGGAGGUGUGAUUGAGUAUGGGGCAAUACCAAAUUCAGUAACUACACUUUCCAGAGAAUUUAAUUCAGAAAUGAAUUCCAGAGAUUUUAAUGCUAAAAAAGAUAUUGGAGGGUCAAUAACAUCGAUUCAAUUUGAUAAUUACUUCAAUCAAAAUCUCACUUCACUUACAAUGGGUUCAAGUUAUGAUAAAGAAUUUAAUGAAAAUUCAUUACCAAAGCAAUUGAAGGUAUUGAUUUUGGGAAAUCGGUUUAAUAGAAAACUUAAUAAAGAAAUGAUACCAUCAACACUUGAAUCAAUAAAGUUUGGUGCAAAGUUUAAUCAAACAUUACCAAAUGAUUUAUUUUUACAUACAAAUUUAAAAUCAUUAGUAUUAGGUUCUGAAUAUGAUAAACCAUUUCCACUCUCAGCUAUACCUUCAAAAUCAAUAACUCAUUUAGAAUUGUCUAGUAUUAAAGGAGAAUUACCAGAUCUUUCAAAUUUCCAUUCACUUCAAUCAUUAUAUUUAGGUUUUUUUGAAAAGAAAAUACCAAUUGGUCAUUUACCUCCAAAUAUUACCUCUUUAACAUUUGGUCCAAAAUAUAAAAAUAUAUCAUUUGAACCAAAUUUACUUCCAAAUAAAUUAAAAAAAUUAAUAAUUAAGAAUCAACGUUUUUAUCAAGAUCAAACAACUCUCUCAAAUUCUUUACCAAUUUCAUUAGAAUCAAUUUAUAUUUCAAUUGAAAAUACUGAAUUUAUUAAUAAAUUAACAAGUGAUUUCGUUUCAAAAUUUAUUAGAUUUUAUUAA